AUGUUAAUUCAUAAUACUGCAGAUACCGUAUGAAUAUACCAACUAUCCAUCAUCUAAAAUAAUCCUAGGAAAAUCCAAUGAAAUCCAUCCUAACAUUCGAAUCGUAGAAUGAUUUUACUUGUGUGAGGUCUUUAGGAUAAUCAAGAACAAUAUUGUGAUGGCUCAGGUAUGUAUUUUUAAUACCACCGACCAAACAACCACCUCCCAUCCUCACAACAAAACAGACUCCCCACUCCCCCCCUCAAACCCCACAAUCCCUCCCCCAACCCUCUUAUAAUCCCCAAAAUACCGAAUCCGAUACCGUCCACUAACCACCUUUCCCCUCUCCACAUCCACCCCAGUAUGCCACCUAACAUCCACCUCACUAAACCCCAGUACCUCACUCGUCCGUCGCCACGUAAAAACCAGAUCCCAAUCCGAAUCAUCCCUCACGGGACUCCAAAUACCAGUGCUCUGAUCGAGUUGCUCGACGCUUAUAUAAGAGUCUUCGAGACGGAGGUUGUUGCGCGGAUUCGCGCCUUGGAAGGUGGCGGUGAUGGUGUCGCCAAUGUGAUAUGCGGGUCGCACGUCUGUGAUUACGUCGCCAAAUUUCUUAAAGAGGGGGGUGGCGUCGAAGACGACGCCGGUGAUGAAGGAGAGGGAGGCGUUGACGUUGUUUGGUGGCAAGGGUCCAGGUUGAGGUUGCGAGACUGA